UAGAGAUAAAAAGAAUUAAAAUACUAGAGGAGAGCCGGUCUCAAAAAAAUCCCAAUGAAGAGAUACGGAUGGGUAUUUGCAGCUCUUGUCAACCAAAAACAUCACUAGCCCUUAAUACCGCAAAACUUAUCCUUGAACAUGGCAGACUCCAAGAAUUUUCAUCCCCAGUUAGGGUUUCACAUAUAUUGAGACGAAACCCUAAUUUUUUCAUCUGCAACGCAAAUGAUUUAGCCUUUAAUGAUCAUGUUUUAGCCAUUAAUGAAGAUGAAGAGCUUGAAUUAGGUCACCUUUAUUUUGAACUGCCAUUAAAUUGGCUGGAUUCUCCUAUUACUGCUCAAGAAAUUGCUGCCUUGGCUGUCAAGGCAAGUCUGGCUAUAAAGAUUGACGAUGAUGAUCGCGACGGUAGAUAUAGGUGCUGUUGGAUUGGUUUCAAGAAAGAUACUGAGUGUAGCCCGUUGGUGACGUCCGUCGGCAGCUCCCGCGGCUGUGGUGGAGGAAUUGUGGGUGGGAGGAGGAGGAGUGGUGGUGGAGAAGAUGGGAAAUAUAGUAAUAAGUUAAGUGUUAUUUUAGAAGAAUAA